AUAAAAACAUUCAAAAAUUAAUUUAAAAAUUAUUACAUUACAUUAACUAUAAAAAAUUAUUAAUAUUCUAUAUACAGUAUUAUCAGUCAAUACAAUUUGUAGAUUAGACAAUCUUUUUCGACCAUAAAAGACAUUGAUACAUUUAUUAUAGUGUACAAAAAUGUGAAUAAAUAGAACAGAGUGUGUGUGAAAACUACUGCGCAAGUACUUCUAUAUUCAUCAAGAAUUUAAUCGGUAUUACUAGUGAACUUAACCUCAACUCGCUACAUCAACAUCUCAAUUUUUCUUACGUUACUAUAUAUUUAUUCUAUGUUUAAAGGAUUUAAUUAAAUUGUUACAUUAGCAUCAUAUGAUAAUAUCACACAUCAUGCCUAAAUAGAGUGCACGCAUUCGUAUCUAGAGCUGGAGCGUAUAUUUUCAGGAACUUUUAGCCGCUUCGUGUGUGAAACAUUCUUCUUGUUCAGAGGCAAAGUUUGCUUACGAAAGCUGCGUGUUACGACUUGCGACUUACGACCCACGCGAUAGUUUACGCUUCAUGGUGAUUCUGUGUGUUAUAGAAUCAGUCACUGGUGGACCUAAUAUUCAUCUUUCCUCGGACUAAACUGUCUAGCGUUCUCUACGCAAAGUCUACGUACUCCGUCUAAAAAAAAGCAGUGUUGUUUAUCUAUGUAAUUUGUGAGAGUAUAUACCUAAGGUGCGAAAAUUGUACCUUGUGUAUAUCACAUAUUUUAAACAGGUGUCCAAAACCUAAAUUGUACAGAUUCGUGUAUGUUGUAGAAUAAAUGAAACGCAUUCAUCGAAACUUAUAUUGUGUCUUGUAUUAACUAUUACAUCAAUUGUACACAUAUAAGGUGCCUAUAUAGAGCAUACACGUAUAUAGAACAGAAGUGUUUUCUAAAGAAAAAACCUCUAAUUGGUGAUUUGUAAACUCGAGGAAUAAAUGAAUAUAUCGUAUUUAUAUAAGUGUUUUCGAAAGAUGAAAUUGGUGGGGAAUUAGUGAUUUGGAAACUGGAGAAUUUAACGACUUACUAAUAAUAAACUGUUUUCAUAUAUGAAUUAACGGAUGGUAGGAAAUAGUGCUGUUUUAUUAAGAACUCCCGGGACGGUUUUUUCGUUUUCUUUUUUUAGCGAAUGAUUGAUGCAGUUUCGAAAUCGUGAUUAAUGUAGCGAUAACUGACUGAAGAUUGCUCGAAAUUAAAAUGAACGCGGUUUUACAUAUGUAAUACGGCUAUCUUCGCAAUUUUUCUUCUAAAUGUACUAAAAAUAUUAUCUUUUCAAGUAAACGUUUAUGGAUUUAAUCUUUAUCGAUCGUUACUAUUGUUCGAUCAAAAUGUCGGUAAUUAUUACGUCAUACCUACUUAUGUAUUUGGCGAACAUAAUUCACGGUUCCACAUUAAUUGCACCCCCGCAAUCGGCAGUGGUUGUCGCUUUCGAGGAUAUCUAUGACAUAUCUUUAUUAGCCAACACUUUGUCGGAUGAAGGGAUCGAUACAACGUUAAUUAUACCGGAGUCCAACGAAGACGAAGUUUACGAAACUUUGAUCGAUGUUGAAGUGCUCACAGUGAAAGUCGAAGUUGAUGGAUCUGCAUAUUCUACAAAGAAAACGAUUCAAGCGUGUGAAGCUUUGUUAAAAGAUGAACAAAUCGCGAAGAAGAUACAGGAAAUUCAACCUACCUUCGCCAUAUUUCCUGCACUUUGGCACGAUGGAUGUUUGCUGCCAUGGGCAAGAGCUAUUGAAUCUAUUCCAGUGAUAUGGACGCGCAAUCGAGAAGAAGAUCUGUAUGUUUUCGAAUAUACUGGUGCCGCUUUAUCGGUUCAGAAUACACAAGUUUGGACCCGGUUGUGGACGAGUACUAUAAGGAGGUCAAUAUUCUCCACGGCUCGGAAUGAGUACACGGUGUAUGCUCUCCGGAUAGUGGGAAAAUACUUGCCAGAUAUCAGUCUCGAUUUAGAUAAUCUAUACGCUGAUGUUCGCCUUAUACUUUGGGACGCUGACGUUAUCCUACGCUCGGAUUAUGCAUUACUCACCCAGCUGAUAGUGGAAAUCGGCUGUCAUCACUGCAGAGGGGCACAUCCAUUACAAAGCGACCUACACAAAACUCUGAUCGAGUAUCGAGUGGGUACUAUUGUGUCUCUUCUGGAUGAAAAUUAUGAGACGUUAAUUAGGGAGCUUGCACAGAAAUUACCUCAAGGCAGGGAGGGCCAAGCAGUAGUUUGGAAAAACAUGAAAUGGCAAAAUUCAAAUAAUGCUCUGCCAGAGAAUCUUUUCGUUCAGUCGAAAAUUGAUCGGCAAGACUUAAUAGGUUAUGGACGUACAAGAGUGGUGUUAAGUCAUUGUGCAACCACAGAGCUCCUUGAAGCUGCCUUCCAUGGAACUCCAGUCAUAUGUUUCCCCAGAAAUCCCAACGAAUUUAAAAACGCUGCACGAGCGGUUCAAUUAGGCUUCGCACGUUCCGCUGAAAAGAUUCAUAUUUCAUCUGGUGAAGAACUAGCUGAUAUGGUGACUCAGAUUCAUGAAACUAUGGACUACCGCGAGAAUGCUAGAAAAGUAUCUUUAACCAUUCGUGAUAGAAUAAAUCCUGCUGUGGAUAGGUUAAUCUAUUGGUUACGUUACAUGGCAAGGACAAAGGAUUGGAACUUAGACUUCCUAACUCCAGUCAGUCCAGCGAAGACCUUGAAUGAAGAUGUCCAAUUCUUACUUGGUCUUGUCGUAGGUACUAUAGUUGGAUUGUUUUCGGCAAUAGGUUGUAUGAUAGCAAAAUAUUUAGUCUUAGCUAAAACAUUAAAGGGAAAAUAUACGCAAUAAAAAUGUGGUUGAUCUAAAAGAGGAGAAAAAAAAACAUGGAUUCGAUAGGAUGGAUAAUUACGGACACGUUUCGCAUAUGUAUUUAUAUAAAUGCACGUAGAGUACAGGUACAUACAAAUACAAAUGUUACGAGCUAGGGUUUAUCUCAUUGCUAAUGAAGAGAUGUAACUAUUACGAGAAUACUUGAUCGAUAAGAUUGAUUGAUGAUUGAUUGCUUGCUUGGAAAAAGCUAGAAAGUAUGAUGUAGCGUAUUAUCAACGACGAGGAGAGAAAAAUAAAUUACAAUUUGUCAAUACUGCGCUCUGUAUGUCGUCUCGUUGCACGAGUGCUCGCUCGUGUGCGUUAUCGCCUAAAUCCUUACAAACGUACGGACGAAUCAGUACUUAUAGUUCAUUCGAUUCUCUUUCUCUCUAGCUCGUUCGCUCUCUCUCUCUCUCUCUCUCUUUCUCUUUUAAGGCCAUGUUCCUCUAAUUAGAUCAGCUGCCUUUGAUUAUGCCGUUCAAACAGAGAUUGAUUUAUUCAUGCAACGAAUAUACAGAAUGUUUCAUUCUAAGCUUUGAUAUUUCAUAUUAUUCAAAUUAUUUCAAUGUCGAGAUUUAAAUGAGAUUUCAAUGUUAUCAUUGUUUAUUUUCACGUCCCCUUUUUAUUCUGUUUUUGUAAUUUAUGAAAGAUGUACAUUAGAUUAAUUUGUAUAUGUGAAAUCUUGUAAACAAAUGAAAGAUAUGAAAAUAGGUUUUUUUCAUAAUCUUUGUAGAAUAAUAAUAAAACAUCUUUCACUUGUAACGAAUAAUUUUCGGAAUCGUUCAAAGAUAUAAACUAAAUAUAACACCCUGUAUAUUCGCAUAUCAUUACUAUCGACACAUGUCAUCAAACAAUUCGUUACCUCAUAUAGAUUUAAGAAAAAAAGAUCAUCGUCACGUAAGACGGGUGUAAAAAAAACUGAUCUUCGUAUAAAAUAUUGGUCAUUGUAAAAAGAAGAAAAAAAUACAGAGUAAAAAGCUGUACAUAUAUUCAGUAUAAAAAAUUGUUUUAGUAUAAAAAAGAAGAUUAAAAAAUUGUCUUGUAAAAGCGAAAAAUCAUCGAGCAAUCGUAAUUAAGAGAUCGCGACACAUGAUCAAUUCGGACUUCGUAAUUGACUAGACUGUGAUCCAUCUAGAUCAGCGUGGCUGAAAUGCGACGAAACGGUAGCUUCCACUUCGCGCAAUGAGAUAUUAUAGAACGUUACUCCCUAUGAAGAAAUACAAUGAAAUAUACUGAUGAAAGUUG